AUGAGCAUCCCGAGCUUUGACCCACGCCACUACUCUCUCGAUGGACCCAGUGAAGCUCCAGAAGGCCACCACUCAUCCUUAGUAUCUCGUGGUAGGGGUGUCACCCGCACCAGACAUGACACGGAUUCUCGCCAGUCCACUCGACAGCGCAGCUCUGCGAACGAAUCAUUGCAAGACGCGCCACCUCCACCCCAAAUACCUCGAACCCCAGUAAUAAGAACACUACGGCAAACAUCGCCAAGAUGGCAACUCUCAGACCCCAUUCCAAUACCACCCCGACGACCUACUGACGGAAGUUCUCACCAGCAUCCUCCACCCCCCUCCGUCUCUGAAAACUCAUGGGAUGAAUAUGUCUCAGAUGAGACCGUCACCAAAUACCGGGCCAUCGGGGCACAAUAUCAAGCAUGGGUAGCAGGCCCAACCACAACAGAAUGCCCAAUCCGACGAUCAAGAGUCACCUGGACAGACCUAGUCCACCACCCGCUCGAAGAGUACAGCUUUGAGGUAUAUCUCAACGAGAUAAGAUCAACCCCCGAAGAAGCGGGGAACCUCGAAUCAGCCGGGCUGUCGAUGGGGAAUGAUUGGCGCUAUGUUUUUCUGAGACGAUACGGAUACUGGGAUGAUGGACGCCAAGCAGGUUAUACCAUCUACCAGCACCGUACCGGGCUCGGCGCUAUCUUCGUUGAGAACAUUACCAGACGAUUCGGACCUUACUGGGCGCAAGUCGCUCAUGCGCAGUACCAGCUUGACAAUCACAUCGAUACCCUCAGGUACGUUUAUUUCAUCAACGUUCAGAACCUUUGCACAUGGCCCUACGUGGAACACCAUUUAUACCCUCGUCAUGGCUUGCACUGGUUUGAUGACUAUGGACCCCAGCGCUGGACAUAUGGUUCGAGAGAGUAUCAGGAGCUCCUGGGAACGAAGCUGGGAAGGGGCGUGGCUCGUCUGGUUCUGGGGGCUUGGCCGAGAGGCACGCACCGCAUUGAGACAAUUUAUACGUGGACCUUUAUGGGAAACUUACAGAUGAGGUUUGAUAUUAAGCGAAUUUGA